AGACUUAACGUCCGCACAGUCUGUGGCGCGCCUUCCCGGAAGAAGUCAAUACGGGGCUUGGUGAGUGAGGUCCAACAGUAGGACGGCCGGUGGGUGAGUGCCCCGAGUGUCCGAAGGACAGCUGUGCGCUGGUGGCGAGGAUGCUGUUAAAGGGGAAGAGGUAGGGUGAUGAGGAAAGUUCCCGAGUCCUUCCAGAGUAAGCGAGAGUUGCAGUGGUUGGUGAGCUGAUGACUCCGAAAAGCUGCGGAUCUUCGUCUCAGAAGGCAGACUUUUCCUAAGUGCUGAUGCUGGUCGACACAGAAAAGAAGUUACCAUGGACUCACUUCCAGCGAUUUCCUUGACACCACAUUCAAAACUGGGAGAAAGGUCUGCAGUGAUUUCGUCGGAAAUCUGUAAUUCGACCCCUUCCGGGCUAGCCUGCGCGCGAUUGCUGUCCGCGGUGCUGAAAACAGAGCGGUAUCUUCAGGAAGAAACCCGUUGAGGGCAGGGCAGUAUUUCCAUUUUCCUCGGCUUUGCUCAGAGUCUCUCUGUGUGUGCUGAAGGAAGGGCUCAUUAUUAUUAUUAUUUUUAAAUAAGCGCUGGACAUGCAGGCGACGAGCAGACAACCAGUAUUUGUUUUAUAAAAUUUAGGAAAGCCAGUGCUUCAUUCUAAGACUGAAUUUUCAUUUUUUUUAAAAAAUAUAUUAUUUCUGUUUAGUUGCAUUCUUCCUUUGUGCAGUCAGGAAACUUCAGUCCUUGCACCCAACCAGAUGAUUUGCCUUCAGACUCACAGCCAUCCAAGUAGUUCGCUAGACCUCUGUCUGUAUUGGCCCAGGCACUUCUACCAAGCAGAAAGCUUAUCGAGGCAGCUUUGAUUAAAGAUGACAUCUCUGCUCACUCAAGAAAUUCGCCUUUCUAUAAGACAUGAAGAAAUAGUAUCACAAAGAUUAAUGUUACUUCAACGAAUGGAGAAUAAACCUGAAGAUCAAAACAAGGGAAGGGCCUCUCAGACACAAGCAGCUAAGGCUGCUUUACAAAGGAAUGUUAGUCUUUUAAAGGAUAUAGAAGCGGCAGAGAAGUCUCUACAGACCCGGAUUCAUCCAGUUCUACCACCUGAGGUGGCUGCUCUUGAGACUCUUUACUGGGCAUCAGUAGAAGAAUAUAUUCCCAAAUGGGAGCAGUUUCUUUUAGGAAGAGCGCCGUAUCCUGCUAGUAGUGAAAAUGGAAAUGAAGCAGAAGAUACCAUUCCAAAGAGGGCACAGCAAUAGCUUCUCCACAUAGUAUUUCAGAAACCUGUCGAGUAAAGCUGUACAUUAAAGAGCAUUCAGGUCGCUGCGGGGACUUCAGGACUCAGAGAGAUUGCCUCAUCACCUCCUCUGUGGCAAUGAAGGGUUGAGAAUCUACCGGCAGCUUUCAGGUUCUCACUGGAAGAUCCACUGCUAUUGCAGUGUCAUAAAUUUGUUUUCUACCAAACCCAUGGAAGUGUGUUAAAAGCUGAUAUUGGAAAAUGGACUGUUGAGUAAAUAAGUUGCUAACUGA